AUGAUAAGCUCACGUAUUUAUAUCUUGCUCCCACAGGGCUCGGGCGUGAUUAAAGCAGGCUUUGCAGGCGAUCAAAUACCGAAAUACUGCUUUCCAAACUAUGUGGGCAGACCAAAGCACGUUCGAGUUAUGGCCGGUGCUUUAGAAGGGGACAUUUUCAUUGGUCCAAAGGCAGAGGAGCACAGAGGUCUCCUCUCGAUCCGAUACCCGAUGGAGCAUGGCAUAGUGAAGGACUGGAAUGACAUGGAACGCAUCUGGCAGUAUGUGUAUUCGAAAGACCAGCUUCAGACAUUCUCAGAGGAGCAUCCUGUGCUGCUGACGGAAGCACCCCUAAACCCCCGCAAGAACAGAGAACGUGCUGCUGAGGUGUUUUUUGAGACCUUCAAUGUGCCGGCACUGUUCAUCUCAAUGCAAGCUGUGCUUAGCCUCUACGCAACCGGGAGGACUACGGGAGUGGUGCUGGACUCCGGGGAUGGCGUUACGCAUGCGGUCCCCAUCUAUGAAGGCUUCGCCAUGCCUCACUCCAUCAUGCGGAUUGACAUUGCCGGACGUGAUGUCUCCCGCUUCCUGCGUCUCUAUCUCCGGAAGGAAGGCUAUGACUUCCACACAACCUCAGAGUUUGAGAUUGUCAAGACCAUCAAGGAGCGUGCCUGCUACCUGUCAAUAAACCCCCAGAAGGAUGAGACUCUGGAGACUGAGAAGGCUCAGUAUUACCUGCCAGACGGAAGCACUAUUGAGAUUGGCCCUGCCCGUUUUCGAGCCCCAGAGCUCCUGUUCCGGCCAGACCUGAUAGGGGAAGAAUGUGAAGGACUCCACGAGGUGCUCGUUUUUGCCAUUCAAAAAUCAGACAUGGACCUGAGGCGAACGCUGUUCUCCAAUAUCGUGCUGUCUGGAGGCUCCACACUUUUCAAAGGCUUUGGCGACAGGCUGCUGAGCGAAGUGAAGAAACUGGCUCCGAAGGACGUCAAAAUAAGGAUAUCAGCUCCUCAGGAGAGAUUGUAUUCCACGUGGAUUGGUGGCUCUAUCCUGGCCUCACUCGACACCUUUAAGAAAAUGUGGGUUUCGAAAAAAGAAUAUGAAGAAGACGGAGCUCGUGCCAUCCACCGAAAAACCUUCUAGCCCUGGGACCUGUCCUCGGUCUCCUCCGAAGACUCACUUCAGUUCUAAACUCGCUUUUCUGAGUCCGAGUGUCUGAGAGCUGCCUGUGUGUGUGUGUGUGCGCCAGCAUGCCCCGAUGUCACUGAGCAAAGACGACAGCAGCAGGAGGGUUGCAUUAGUACUACUAACUACUUAUUUUUUUUAAUUUUAUUUUUUGUUGUUGGUUCGUUGUUGGUUGUUUUUUUUUUUUAAAAAAUGGAAAGGAGAAAAUACCAGUCUGAAUUUCUCCGGAACGGCCCAUUCCUUUUUCACUUCAGUCCCUUAAUUACUGUAUCGCAAUCACAUUUGUCACUGUAAAACGGACAAGCAAGCGAAAUCAAAGGGAACAGCUUAUAGAAACCCCCUAGGAAGCCGGAAGGGAGCCAACCACUGCAGACCGCUCGCGCAGGCUUUGGUCAGCCCGACUGCAAUGCCUGGGUUGUCUGGAAACACGUAGCCGAGGCCCCAUUCCCUACUUUCUUCUUCAGCACCGUCUUCACCAUCAGUAGGUUUUUGAAGUUGUUUUUAAUAUAUUUUUUUUUUUUUUAUGAAGAGAAAGCACAUUCGCCACAGUUAAGCCCUUUGCCCCCACUGGUUUUGGUGCGUGAGAGCGCGUGUGUGUGCGUUUAACUUCUUAGCCUGCCGUGUGGGUCUGCACCGCGGCCGGAGAAGUUGGUGAUAGGACUUAGUUUGUAUUGCAUGGAGUAGAACAAAGCAAACCUAAUCAGCUGUCAUUGUACUCGACGGUUAUUCUCUCGUACCAUGUCUGAAAUACCUUUUCUCCUCUGGAAGCAAGUGCCCCAGAGCGGGGGUGAAGGCACUUGUGUGUUCCCCCUCAACCUGCCAAGAUUUACAGCGCUGAGUUCUCAUUCUCUGUAAGAGCCGAGGCUGUUUCCCUCCUUCCUGCCGUGUCAGGGCAAAGGGAGCAUGUAUGUGCAGCCAGGCGUAACUCCUGUGUACUUUAUCCAUUCUGGGGCAAAAUAAUAAUUGGAAAGGUGCAUUGUAAUGUAAGAACUGUUUCAUUUAUUGAAAUGUCUGAGGAUCUCUGAAAUACUGACCACAGCACCCUGGGAAUGA